AUGACUGAAAAUCAUCUGAAGGCUGAGACUGACAAGAGUUUGCAGAUGUCUGCUCCUGGUCCUCAUGUGUUUCUGCUGGUCAUCAGACUGGGGAGAUUCACAGAAGAAGAGCAGAACACAGUUAAAUGGAUUGUGAAGCACUUGGGAGAAGAUGUUAAGAGAUUCACCGUAGUGCUGUUCAAUGUAGCUGAUAAAUUAAUCAAACCUUUAGAAGAAAUUUUGCAGAAAACACAAGAGCUGAAGAAGUUAGUGGAUGAAUGUGAAGGUAGAUAUCAUGUCUUUAAUAAUGUGGAGAACAAUGAUCGAGCUCAAGUCAAUGAACUGCUGGAGAAGAUCAAGACACUAGUGGAGAAGAACAGAAGAGGAUACUACACCAGUGAGAUGUUCAAGAAGGGUCAGUGA